AAUUGAAACAGUCCAAGGAUCCCACUGUGUUUAGAGAACUUAACCAGUAUGUUAAGUUCAGCACGAAGCUUGCGGUAGCGAGAGCGUCAGUGCAAUUUUUUGACGAGUGCAUUUUACGUUGUGAAUACCCUAAGCACUUUUGGAAAAUUCUCAGACGUAAUGGAAUUAAUCCAACUAAUACAGCUUUGAAACGCCACACGUUGAAUGAACGUGAUACGAUUGUGUCUCGGAUUAACGAACUCGAGCUUAAACGUUGCGUUUUCUCUGUCGCGCUAGAGAAUCUAGCUGCUGAGGAAUACCAGACGUUCGAAUCAUACGUUCAGAGAAUUGUGGCACGACAAGUGGAAGUACGACUAUCCUCACUGCAGAAACAACUCAAUGUGGGUAAGCCACAGAAGUUAUUUCCUCCUGACCCUAAGAGAUACGUUCACAAUUUCUCCUCAGUACCAUUAGACAAGGUUUUACUUGAAGCUCUUUCACUCGGCCCGAAAUUCUGUUGUCCACGAAACUAUGUUAAACAGCUAGAUUUAGAGGUCCAAUUUGAGAAUCUCUAUUCCCAAGUAGCUACACUUUCGCCGUCCUCAGCCUUAGCAGCCGAGCAGUAUAAAUCAACGCUGGUUAACGCAUGUUACGAGUACCUAACUUAUAAACCAUGUACCAAGCAUCUAUUGAAGCAGGAACAUCUAGACGCCCUUAAAGAACUCAAGCGAAACGAUAAGAUACUGUUGUCUAGGCCGGAUAAAGGAGCCGGGAUUGUUCUGAUGGACAGAUCGGACUACAUCAGUAAGAUGUAUGCCAUUCUUUCUGACGGGACAAAAUUUCGUAGAGUGGAUAAUGAGAAUGACAAGACACAGGCAAUCGAGAGAUCCAUAACGAAACUCCUGCGUUGCUUAAAGCAGGAGAAUGUAAUCGACUCAGAUAUAUUUGAAUACACCAGACCGAGUGGGACAGUGAUUCCAAGAUUGUAUGGCCUGCCCAAAGUACACAAGGAAGGGCUACCACUAAGGCCGAUACUGGAUAUGUGUAACUCACCGUACCAUUCAACUGCCAAGUGGCUCGUCAAACGGUUGGAACCAGUCAGGAAAGCCAUAGCUAGAUACAGUCUCAAAGAUACCUUCGAUUUUCUUGACUCAGUGAGACAAAUUGAGCUAGCUGGGCGACAGAUGUUCUCCUUAGAUGUGGUGUCUCUUUUUACCAAUGUUCCCUUGGAGGAGACCGUAGAUUAUCUGUGCGAGUUCAUCCUGCUGCGCAACAUCAAUGUUGGUAUCCCACUAGACCGGCUGAGACAACUGCUACUCAUGUGCACACGAAACAUUCAGUUUCAGUUUAAUGGAACGCUAUAUCGACAAAUAGACGGGGUGGCAAUGGGUUCACCAUUAGGACCGUUGCUCGCGGACGUCUUCAUGAGCAAAUUGGAGUGCAACCAGCUGAACGAAUCCAUCAACAGCUUGGUUUAUUACGGUCGAUACGUAGACGACAUAUUUUGUAUCGCGAAUAAUGGAAUGUGCGUCGAUGACCUAUUGGCCCAGUUUAACACUGCACAUAGCAAUAUAACUUUCACUAUCGAGCUAGAACGUAAUGACACGUUGGCAUUUUUAGAUGUCCAAAUCAAAAGGGCAUCAGAUGGGUCAAUGCGAAGGAGGGUGCACAGAAAAGCAACCUGGAAUGGGCAGUACAUCCAUUUCGCUAGCUUUGUUCCGAUAAGUCAAAAAAGGAACCUCGUCCGUUGCCUAACGGAGAGAGCGAGGAGAAUAUGUACAGAUGAUACGCUUUCAGAUGAGCUGAGUUUUAUACGAAACGUACUCGAGCGCAAUGGGUACCCUGAGAAAUUCAUCCAGAGGCACAUGGAACCACGAGUACAAAAGCCCAAACCCGUUUCAGUGGAGAAGCGGAUGGUAUACUUAUCGUUGCCAUUUAAGGGUGACGCGAUAGCGGAACGGACCACCCGAAGACUUUCCUUAGCAACAGAAAGAACGUAUUUUGCCGCUAAUCUCCGCGUAAGCUUCACUUCAACACCGCUCGUGUGCCAACAACUUAAAGACAGGAUACCUCGGUCGCAGACCUCCUUUUGUGUGUACAAUUUCUCUUGCUCGUGUCGAGCAAGGUAUAUCGGGAAAACGACCAGGCGACUGUCCGUUAGGGCUCGAGAGCAUUGCCCAGCUUGGCUCUACAGCGGCGUGAGGAAGAAUAUAACGAGUGCAGUGUUGUCGCACCUAGUUGACUCCGACCAUCAAAUCGAUUCGCGUGACGCAUUCACACCGAUUUACUGUGUCCCUGGACGUUUCACACGGGCAGUCAGAUGUCGCCUGCUGUCGACAGCAGAGGCGAUCGCAAUUCGGCUCCAUAACCCGGACCUAUGUGCACAGAAAAAGCUCGUCCACACUUUAGCCUUGCCUUGGCCUGAGAUCAACGCGACUAACAAUGGCAGUCACGCCAAUUCACUUGACCAAUCAGACCAAACACGUAGACUUAUCGAUUAGUUACUCUGUUUCAGUGACUCAAUUUAAACCAUCGUGUCUAUUCUAACUUGCUUUAUUGUGGUUGUAUUAGCCUGAUGAUGAAGCCAUGAAAACAAGCUUGUUCGCUACUUUCUGUUUCUGAUGUCAUCCCCGGGAAUUAUUUCUCAAUUGAAACAGUCCAAGGAUCCCACUGUGUUUAGAGAACUUAACCAGUAUGUUAAGUUCAGCACGAAGCUUGCGGUAGCGAGAGCGUCAGUGCAAUUUUUUGACGAGUGCAUUUUACGUUGUGAAUACCCUAAGCACUUUUGGAAAAUUCUCAGACGUAAUGGAAUUAAUCCAACUAAUACAGCUUUGAAACGCCACACGUUGAAUGAACGUGAUACGAUUGUGUCUCGGAUUAACGAACUCGAGCUUAAACGUUGCGUUUUCUCUGUCGCGCUAGAGAAUCUAGCUGCUGAGGAAUACCAGACGUUCGAAUCAUACGUUCAGAGAAUUGUGGCACGACAAGUGGAAGUACGACUAUCCUCACUGCAGAAACAACUCAAUGUGGGUAAGCCACAGAACUUAUUUCCUCCUGACCCUGAGAGAUACGUUCACAAUUUCUCCUCAGUACCAUUAGACAAGGUUUUACUUGAAGCUCUUUCACUCGGCCCGAAAUUCUGUUGUCCACGAAACUAUGUUAAACAGCUAGAUUUAGAGGUCCAAUUUGAGAAUCUCUAUUCCCAAGUAGCUACACUUUCGCCGUCCUCAGCCUUAGCAGCCGAGCAGUAUAAAUCAACGCUGGUUAACGCAUGUUACGAGUACCUAACUUAUAAACCGUGUACCAAGCAUCUAUUGAAGCAGGAACAUCUAGACGCCCUUAAAGAACUCAAGCGAAACGAUAAGAUACUGUUGUCUAGGCCGGAUAAAGGAGCCGGGAUUGUUCUGAUGGACAGAUCGGACUACAUCAGUAAGAUGUAUGCCAUUCUUUCUGACGGGACAAAAUUUCGUAGAGUGGAUAAUGAGAAUGACAAGACACAGGCAAUCGAGAGAUCCAUAACGAAACUCCUGCGUUGCUUAAAGCAGGAGAAUGUAAUCGACUCAGAUAUAUUUGAAUACACCAGACCGAGUGGGACAGUAAUUCCAAGAUUGUAUGGCCUGCCCAAAGUACACAAGGAAGGGCUACCACUAAGGCCGAUACUGGAUAUGUGUAACUCACCGUACCAUUCAACUGCCAAGUGGCUCGUCAAACGGUUGGAACCAGUCAGGAAAGCCAUAGCUAGAUACAGUCUCAAAGAUACCUUCGAUUUUCUUGACUCAGUGAGACAAAUUGAGCUAGCUGGGCGACAGAUGUUCUCCUUAGAUGUGGUGUCUCUUUUUACCAAUGUUCCCUUGGAGGAGACCGUAGAUUAUCUGUGCGAGUUCAUCCUGCUGCGCAACAUCAAUGUUGGUAUCCCACUAGACCGGCUGAGACAACUGCUACUCAUGUGCACACGAAACAUUCAGUUUCAGUUUAAUGGAACGCUAUAUCGACAAAUAGACGGGGUGGCAAUGGGUUCACCAUUAGGACCGUUGCUCGCGGACGUCUUCAUGAGCAAAUUGGAGUGCAACCAGCUGAACGAAUCCAUCAACAGCUUGGUUUAUUACGGUCGAUACGUAGACGACAUAUUUUGUAUCGCGAAUAAUGGAAUGUGCGUCGAUGACCUAUUGGCCCAGUUUAACACUGCACAUAGCAAUAUAACUUUCACUAUCGAGCUAGAACGUAACGACACGUUGGCAUUUUUAGAUGUCCAAAUCAAAAGGGCAUCAGAUGGGUCAAUGCGAAGGAGGGUGCACAGAAAAGCAACCUGGAAUGGGCAGUACAUCCAUUUCGCUAGCUUUGUUCCGAUAAGUCAAAAAAGGAACCUCGUCCGUUGCCUAACGGAGAGAGCGAGGAGAAUAUGUACAGAUGAUACGCUUUCAGAUGAGCUGAGUUUUAUACGAAACGUACUCGAGCGCAAUGGGUACCCUGAGAAAUUCAUCCAGAGGCACAUGGAACCACGAGUACAAAAGCCCAAACCCGUUUCAGUGGAGAAGCGGAUGGUAUACUUAUCGUUGCCAUUUAAGGGUGACGCGAUAGCGGAACGGACCACCCGAAGACUUUCCUUAGCAACAGAAAGAACGUAUUUUGCCGCUAAUCUCCGCGUAAGCUUCACUUCAACACCGCUCGUGUGCCAACAACUUAAAGACAGGAUACCUCGGUCGCAGACCUCCUUUUGUGUGUACAAUUUCUCUUGCUCGUGUCGAGCAAGAUAUAUCGGGAAAACGACCAGGCGACUGUCCGUUAGGGCUCGAGAGCAUUGCCCAGCUUGGCUCUACAGCGGCGUGAGGAAGAAUAUAACGAGUGCAGUGUUGUCGCACCUAGUUGACUCCGACCAUCAAAUCGAUUCGCGUGACGCAUUCACACCGAUUUACUGUGUCCCUGGACGUUUCACACGGGCAGUCAGAUGUCGCCUGCUGUCGACAGCAGAGGCGAUCGCAAUUCGGCUCCAUAACCCGGACCUAUGUGCACAGAAAAAGCUCGUCCACACUUUAGCCUUGCCUUGGCCUGAGAUCAACGCGACUAACAAUGGCAGUCACGCCAAUUCACUUGACCAAUCAGACCAAACACGUAGACUUAUCGAUUAGUUACUCUGUUUCAGUGACUCAAUUUAAACCAUCGUGUCU